AUCGCCGAGAGCGCUUCUGCGUAUCAACUCGAUCGAUCGGCCAUGGCAAACUGAUCCCUCUGAAACCUAGUUCGUCAGAUCGAUCGGCUCAACAAGAACCGCAAAUUUGCAAUUGCAUGGGUUGAUGCCGGCAUCAAUGGCGAUGGGGGAGGCGAUGGCGUAAGAUGUUCGGCGCCUGCGGCGGCGGGUACAGGACGCAGACCAUCAAGGGGAGGAAGGAGAGGUUCGUGCGGCUCGAGCGGCAGCCGGAGGAGGAGAAGGAGCAGGUACGGGCGGUGAUGGACGGCGGCGGCGGCGGAGGCGGCGGAGGGAGGGUGCAGCACGUGAUGGACAGCUACUUCUCCGGCGCGCCCAAGAUCCGGACGCGGUCGGUGCGGAUGGCGGCGGCCGGCGUGAUGAGCAUGAGCUACCGGUCGGAGCGGCUGAUGAGCAUCGGGCGGGUGUUCCAGGAGGACCUGACGAACAUGUCGCAGCGGAUCUUCGACCCACAGGACGCGUUCCUGGUGCGGAUGAACCGCCUCUUCGUGAUGGCGUGCAUCGUCUCCGUCGCCGUCGACCCGCUCUUCUUCUACCUCCCGGCCGUCUCGGCCACCGACAGCAACACCUGUAUCGGCUUCGACCGCUACCUCGCCACGGGCGCCACCGCGGUGCGCUCCGCCAUCGACGUCUUCUACCUGGCGCGGAUCGCGCUGCAGUUCCGGACGGCGUACAUCGCGCCGUCGUCGCGGGUGUUCGGGCGCGGCGAGCUCGUCAUCGACCCGGCCGCCAUCGCCCGCCGCUACCUCCGCCGCUUCUUUGUCGUCGACCUCCUCUCCGUGCUCCCGCUCCCGCAGAUCCCCAUCUGGAACUUCCUCCACCGCCCCAAGGGCGCCGACCUCCUCCCCACCAAGAACGCCCUCCUCUUCAUCGUCCUCGUCCAGUACAUCCCCCGCCUCGUCCGCUUCUACCCCAUCACCUCCGAGCUCAAGCGCACCACCGGCGUCUUCGCCGAGACUGCCUUCGCCGGCGCCGCCUACUACCUCCUCCUCUACAUGCUCGCCAGCCACAUGGUGGGGGCGUUCUGGUACCUGCUGUCGAUCGAGAGGCUGGACGAUUGCUGGAGGGAGAACUGCACGGUGCUCAAGUUCCACCAGUGCAAGAAGUACAUGUACUGCGGCGGAGGGAACCUGGGGCAGUCGGGGUUCCUGGAGUGGAGGACGAUGAUCCGGCAGGUGCUGGCGAUGGAGUGCGCGCCGGCGGACGAGGGCGGGACGGGGUUCCAGUACGGGAUCUUCACGACGGCGAUCCAGUCCGGGGUGGUGUCGACGACGAACCUGGUGGCGAAGGUGCUCUUCUGCCUGUGGUGGGGGCUCCAGAACCUGAGCUCGGUGGGGCAGGGCUUGAAGACGACGCACUACAAGGGGGAGGCGCUGUUCGCCAUCUUCCUCGCGCUCUUCGGCCUCAUCCUCAUGGCGCUGCUCAUCGGCAACAUGCAGACGUACCUCCAGUCGAUGACGCUGCGGCUGGACGAGAUGCGGCUGCGGCGCCGGGACUCGGAGCAGUGGAUGCGCCACCGCGUGCUCCCCGACGACCUCCGGGAGCGGGUGUGGCGGCACGACCAGUACAAGUGGCUGGAGACGCGCGGCGUCGACGAGGACAGCCUGGUGCGGGGCCUCCCCAAGGACCUCCGGCGAGACGUGAAGCGCCACCUCUGCCUCCGCCUCGUCCGCCGCGUGCCGCUGUUCGCCAACAUGGACGAGCGCCUCCUCGACGCCAUCUGCGAGCGGCUCAAGCCCAGCCUCUGCACGGAGGCCACCUACAUCGUGAGGGAAGGGGACCCCGUCGACGAGAUGCUCUUCAUCAUCCGCGGCCGCCUCGAGAGCUCCACCACCGACGGCGGCAGGAUGGGGUUCUUCAACCGGGGCCUCCUCAAGGAGGGGGACUUCUGCGGCGAGGAGCUCCUCACCUGGGCGCUCGACCCCAAGGCCGCCGCCAACCUGCCGCUCUCCACGCGCACCGUCAAGGCCAUCUCCGAGGUGGAGGCGUUCGCGCUGCACGCCGACGAGCUCAAGUUCGUCGCCGGCCAGUUCCGCCGCCUGCACAGCAAGCAGCUGCAGCAGACGUUCCGGUUCUACUCGCAGCAGUGGCGCACCUGGGCGUCCUGCUUCAUCCAGGCCGCCUGGAGGCGCCACCUCAAGCGCAGGGCCGCCGAGCAGCGCCGCCGCGAGGAGGAAGAGGAGGCCGGGGCGUCGUCCUCCUGCCAGAUCACCACCACCGUCCUCGUCUCGCGCUUCGCCAAGAACGCCAUGCGCGGCGCGCGGCGCCAGCGGUCGCGCCGUGACGACCCCAACCUCAUCGUCCUGCCCAAGCCGCCCGAGCCUGACUUCCAAAACAUGGAGUAUUGAUAGGGUACAGGGAGAUACAAGGGAGCAGGCGCGCAGCAAUGAGCACACAUCCUAUCAGUCUGACAAGCCUAGGCCGGCAAGGCAUGGAGA